AAAGGCAAUCAGAAAUAUUCACUGGGACGUAUUAUACGUCCCGCUAGGGGCAUUAAGCGACACUAUUUCGUCAACUAAGAUCUAAUAUUAGCACGAACGCGAAAAAAAAAAAACGUUUCUGUAACUACCACAGGAAACUGUCGGAUGAUGCGUCGCGGUGUCGUUGGUUCUGUUGCUUUUGUUCGGAGAACGGUCGGGGAACAACAAGGUCACGCAGGUAAAAUGGCAGUCGCCGAGCGGACUCCGGUCGCGUCUCGAUUAUAAGCUCUUACGGUCCUCGGAAAUUACAGGAACCGCGCGAGUUGGACGAGGAAGUGUUGCUAAACGCUCGUCGAGCAUAGUUUCGAGAAACCGUGGGUCUCGAGAGAGCGAUAUCCUUCGGUCGAUGUACGCGUUUACACCUGGCUAAGAGUCGCCGACAAUCUGGUUCGAGACUUCGAGCGUCGACCCGAGGAGCGCUCGAGAUCGAAGAGGCUGACAGCGGUAAACGCGAACGAUUCGCGGUCUCUCGCUUCCGAAACCGUUGGGAUUCGAAAUCGUUUUCAAUGGGGAUUUCAGUGAUCCUGGAUCCGAAACACCGGAAAUAAUCUUCUUCGGUUCCUCGUAUUCCGCGUGUGACACCGCUUUGCUCGAAGCUGUCUGUCGAGAUUAAAGAUUGUUUUUUCAAUGGGAAUCGAUUGAUCCAGGAUACGAGGCGCCGGAAUAAUAUUUUCUCCAGCCACGAGAAUAGGAGAUCACGGUCGUGGAGAACGAGUCUCCGUGAACGAAAGUCGGCCGUUCGAAUUUUCGGCAUACCGACUCGUGGUGAGGGAAUUCCCCACGACAUCGGAUUGGUCACCGUUCCCCGGGUGGCCCACGGACGCGAUAGCGAUCAGACGAGAGUGACGCAACUGCGCGGCAUGAUAACAGAUACGGACGUUAACCGUUCGCGUUCACGAUCUGAUAAACGGAACGGAAUUGUUCCCGAAGUUGGACGAUUCGUAUCGGUGGCCACGUCCGAUUACAGUUUUAGUCUGUGCCCGGUCCUCUCCGCGGAAUCUCGCUGGCAACGAUGAAAAUGGAGGCAGAGCACAGGUUGGAGCAGCUGAAGAAGGCGACCGACAGAAUACAGAAGGAGAUCGAAGAGGUCACGGAGAGGGAGCACGAGCUACGAAACGUGGGUAGCAUUAAGACCACGUCCCACGAGACGGUGGAUUCCAAGGUACGACGGAUGCCGCAGGCUUUAGCUUCGGGCAAACUGAAGAGGACGACGUCCACGCCUCAAAUCCUGGAAGCGGUUAGUCCGUUGACGCCGCCCUUAACGCCAAAGAUGACGAACGGGGUGAUAUCGAGUCGCACCACCCCGACGCCACUGCGUUUCGCGACGACGCCGAGCCAGAAAGGGUUGAUGCACAGGUUUCUCGCUACUCGCGGCAAAAUUUAUAAAUCCAACACACCCCCUAACGACGUACUGACGCCGUCUACAACGCCCACGAUCGCGCUCAACCCGUUGAGCAUCAAGACGUUCAACAGGAGUCUCGAUAUUCAACUCGAGCCGGAUGACGAACCCAAGAAACCUCCCGUUAGAAAAGGAUACGUUCCCGUCGAAGAAAAAAUCCAGAAGGAGCUGCACGAGAUGAAGCAGCGCGAGAACGAGCUCAGAUUAAUGCGAUCUCAAAUGUUAGCAAAGUCUCAACCGAAUUUGUUGGACAUCGGAAACGACAAUGAUUCUGACAUUUACGACGGUUCGAGUUCGUUACGAAGCGGUACUUCGUCCAACACGUUAAACGAGGACGAAGUAGAGAAAGAAAGCAAAGGGAAGCACAAGCCUAAUCCACGACGCCGAAGCACCCUGAUAGCGCAAUGGGAGAAUUUGAUAGCUGCGAAGAAAGAGACUAACGAUAACGGCAACGAGAUUGAUUUGAACGUUUAAAAUGUUUCUACAUCUUGUAAAAAAGUGAGCAACUAAUUCACUCCUCGCUUUUCUACCGUUUGUGUUUGUAAGUUGUAUUUGAAGCAACUUAAACGGAUGGCAUAAACGUUAAAAAAUGUGCUACGUCAAGCCUUUUAUUCUUGAAGCACGCACGUUUCUCGUGUCAACGCGUAUCAUCGGUUCUAUUCAUUUACUCGACUCGCGAGUUAAUUUAUUUAACAUUACGAACAAUAUUUAUUCAAGAAUGAAAGCAUUACCUGAUCGAUUAUACGUUAUACUUAGCGUUUUCCUCGUUUAAAGCUUUCAGUAUUAAAAAGCUAGCCACGUAAACAAAAAAAAUUACUACUUCCUUUGUAUGGGUUAAAAAUUAUACUUAAGUAUUGCAAGCAUAUAUUCGAUAUAUCCGCUUGUUAUUUGUAAUAUAUCUUUCAGUUAUAUAUUAUACAUUCACAUGUAAACGAUUACGGAUCCUUAAGGAACUGAUUUUAACAUGUGGCAUUUAACGAUAUAUCUAUUGUUAUAGCAACAAUAUCUAUUGUGUACUUAAUUAAUUGUAAAGAAUAGCGAUAUUUGAUUUACUUGUAUAUGUGAUAGUAUAGUUAAAAAAAUGAUAAUGAUAAAAAACAGUUUAUGCAAUUUUUAUAGAAUUAAUAAGAUACAUUUCUCAAAGCAUGCCUUUUUCUUUUCCCUAAACAAAAUUAUAUGAUAAAAAAUAACAAUAAUUUAACGUUGUACACGUGCACUUAUUUUUAAGUACAACUGCAUUUAUCAAUACCUCUACAA